AUGUCCUCCAUCCUCAAGAAGGCCGCCGUGGUCUCCAUCCCCACCGUCCGCCAGGCCCUCCUCCGCUCUAACCCCGUCCUCGCCACCUCACUCCUCGCUAAGCGCGCCUACAACUCCAAGAAUGGUGUCGAGAUGACUGUCCGUGAUGCCUUGAACUCUGCUUUGGAGGAGGAGAUGACUGCCGACGAGAAGGUCUACUUGUUGGGUGAGGAGGUUGGACAAUAUAACGGUGCCUACAAGGUGUCGAAGGGAUUGCUGGACAAGUUUGGCCCCAAGCGCGUGAUUGACACCCCCAUCACCGAGUCUGGAUUCUGCGGUCUUGCGGUCGGAUCGGCAUUCGCAGGAUUGAAGCCAGUGUGCGAGUUCAUGACUUGGAACUUUGCCAUGCAGGCCAUCGACCAGAUUGUCAACUCUGCAGCCAAGACCCAUUACAUGUCGGGCGGUAACGUUAAUUGUCCUAUUACAUUCCGUGGACCCAACGGAGCUGCUGCUGGUGUUGCUGCUCAGCAUUCGCAGUGCUUUGCGGCUUGGUAUGGAUCAGUCCCUGGUCUUAAGGUUGUUUCGCCUUGGAACUCUGAAGAUGCCAAGGGUCUCUUGAAGGCUGCUAUCCGUGACCCCAACCCCGUGGUCGUCCUCGAGAACGAGCUGAUGUACGGAAUCUCCUUCCCCAUGUCCGAGGCCGCCCUCUCCAAGGACUUUGUCGUCGAGAUCGGCAAGGCCAAGAUCGAGAAGGCCGGUACUGACAUCACCAUUGUCGCCCACUCGCGCUCCGUCGGUUUCGCCCUCGAGGCCGCCUACCUCCUCGAGAAGGAAGGAAUCUGCUCCGCCGAGGUCAUCAACCUCCGUUCCAUCCGUCCCCUGGAUACCGAGACGAUUAUCAAGUCUGUCAAGAAGACUAACCGUUUGGUCACCGUUGAGGGCGGAUGGCCCCAGUAUGGAGUUGGAUCGGAGAUCUGUGCUCAGAUCAUGGAGUCCGAGGCGUUUGACCAUUUGGAUGCCCCCGUUGUUCGUGUGACUGGCGCGGAUGUUCCUACACCCUAUGCCCAGAACUUGGAGGCGUUUGCCUUCCCUGAUACUGAGGUCAUUGCCCGUGUUAUCAAGCGUACCUUGACCAAGAAGAUCGGCGCUUAA